AGCACAAUUUACACCGUCUCUUUCCAUUUCUUUCUCUUAAAAGAAAAAACAUCUCAAUAACAAAAAGAAAAAUGUGUGGAGGUGCCAUAAUCCCCGACUAUGAACCCGUCGGAAACCGCUGCCGGAAAAUCACUGCUAGUGACCUCUGGGCUGAGCUUGACCCUAUCUCCGACUUCUGGUCUUCCUCUUCCUCUUCCUCCUCCAUUGCCGGCAAAUCUGAUUCCGUUCAGUCGCUAACCCACUCCUACAAUAAGCCUCAGAAAUCAGAUUCCGGCAAACUUAAUCAACUCGAAAAAGGUACAAUAAGUGUGAAGGUUGAGAAGGAGAGCAGUGGCCCAAGGGCGAGGAAGAACAAAUACAGAGGAAUAAGGCAGAGACCGUGGGGAAAAUGGGCUGCUGAGAUACGUGAUCCUCAGAAAGGCGUCCGCGUGUGGUUAGGUACAUUCAACACGGCUGAGGAAGCUGCCAGGGCAUAUGACGAGGCUGCAAAGCGAAUCCGCGGUGACAAGGCUAAGCUCAACUUUCCAGAGCCACCUUCGCCACCAGCCAAGCGACACUGCACUAGCACCAUCCCUGAUCAGCCCACACGUUCUGACUUAAUGUCUCAGAAACCGGCCUCAAUAAUGUUGAACUAUGGAUAUGAAAACCAAACACCCUACUACCCCAUGGAAAUGCCCGCUGCUGAGGAUCCUCAACAUCAUGAUUAUGAGCUCAAGGAGCAGAUUUCCAACUUGGAGUCAUUCCUGGAUUUAGAGCCAGACUCAGGGAUCGUCGAUUCUGACCCCCUCAAUAUUUUUCUGAUGGAUGACUUUGCUGCAACUCAGCAGCAGCAGCUGUUUUACUGAACACUGUAAAAAUUAUCAUAUACUACUAGUUAAUUUCAUCCUAAGUUGUUUGGUGUGCGUUUUCUGAUGAGUGACUAGUUAGCUUUUGGUAGUACGUAGUACAAUGCAGAAAGUACAUACAAUAAUAAGUUGCGUGCCUUUGCAUGCAAUUUGUAAUAUUAAUGUCAUGUUGUUUUGUGCUGUUUUACUGUUUAUGGUUUCUAAAUCUUGGAUUACGCUUA